AUGUCUCGGCCCGAUAAGGAGCGCAACGUCUGGUCUAGGUCGUCAUCGGUUAGUGUCGCUUCGACGAAUGGUUCGGAGUCGGUUUUGGAUCCGGAGGAUGGGUCCAGAAGGAUGGGGGCCCUUUUCAAUGCUGUCCUGGACGGGAGCGACGAAACCCAGCUGGUGGACACCACCAUUAAGAAACAGAACAAGGGCAAACAGCCGCUCGAUGGUUGUCACGCUGGGACACAUGAGGAGCACCGUCCUACUCAAUCUAGCUCGCAACAUCUCCCUCAGGCGUCGGGAAGUCAUCAACAUUUGCAAUACCACCGACACCACGCGCCUCAUCAAACCACUCGGACUACCGCGGAGAGGGAAUAUCAGGAAUUCCAAGAGGCGAAGGUUCGACUAGAACAAGCGAAGUUGAUCAGUCAAACGGUCUCGAACAUCAAUCAACGUUGGAAACCUGAAAACAUCCUAUGCGCGGAUGGAUCAAACUUCUCACUGUGGACUCGCGAACUCCGGGAAACGGGAGCUCAGUGCGACAACUCAACCUUUGAGAAGAUCGGUCGACUAGUUAUCUUCGCGGGUGUCCAUCAAGAUCUCGUCCCGGACAUACAACCUCUUGGGAAAACUGUCGCUAUCUAUGAAUACCUGAAGAAGAAGUUCACGUCUAAUUCUCGUGCGGCACAAAUGAACAUCUGGAGAAGAAUGAACCAUUUGACCAUCAAGCAUUCGGAACCGUCAACUAGCCUGGUCGCACAGGUGCGAGAUCUGUACAGCGAGCUCAAAAGCCUCAACGGUCGCCUCUGCUCGGAUGUGGUGUUUGGUUUUCUGUUCCAAACGGCCGUAAUGCAAUCAGCGGCGCCAUUCAAGAAGGAAUUUGAACAACGAAUCGAGAACGCCAUCCAGAAUGAUGAGUCAAAAUCUUUCCCGAAGUUUGAAGCUAUUGUGCAUAACUACAACAUAUGCCAAAAGCAGUGGAUCGAAUACUCAUCGCAUCCCUCAGCUGCAUUGGGACCCCAAUUGCCAUCGGUCAUGGAAGCGGCGACGGACCCAGAUGAUUUUGAUUUCGACACGUUCCUAGCCGAUGUUCCGGAGAACAACUGGACGGAAGCUCUGGAGUUCUACGCGGCGACAGCAAUCAAGUGCUGGCAGUGCAAAUCACCAGGACAUUACGCUCGCGAUUGCCCACAACGAACUGGGGACCAUCAAGCAGCGAAGAGGCGAGGUGGAUCGAUUGGUGCUCCACACCAAGCAAAUUCCCACCGGCAACUAGCAACUUUUGUCGGCUCACUCUACACUCAACCGGCAAGCCAAUCAACACCCGGUGUAAGACUCAAAAAGUGGUUGUAA